AGCCACACUUGCCGUAUGAGACUGGUUUCUGCUAUCUGUGGUUUUCCUGUGAACAAACUCCACAUCUACUUCUCUACUCAAACAAUCCUCUCUGACACAGUCACCAUCUUCUGUGAAGUCAGACUAACAGUCUGUACAUGCCUGACAAAUGUCGUUGUUCGUCCCUGAUAUGGCUGGUCAUCUGUUUUUGGUCAUCCUCCUUUUUGUCACCUUCCAACACAUCGAAGCCCAAGGUCAUUAUCCAAAACCAGACAUUACAGUCCAAUUUGAUGAGGACUUCACCAUCAUCUGUUUGAUUCCUGGAUCGGUCAGUCCUGACAGCACCUGUAACCUGUAUGUUGGAGAGGAGAGUCAGCCAUCCUUCACAGCAAAGAUCAAGAAGAGAAAAGCCACCUCAGCACCCAGAGAGGAGUUCUGUCAAUUCACUCCAAAACAUAGUGAUCUGAUCAGUGGUCUUCAGUCAGUGAGGAGUAAGGAGGUGAGCUGUGACUACGGAGUGAGCUCAGGACCAAACUCUCUCUCUCCACGCAGUGAUGGGUACAGCUUUGCAGAUCUGGUGGGAGUUCACAUUAGUGAUCCAACAACUAAACACUUUCCAGCAGCAGGUUCGACUGUUAGUUCUACUUUGACCCCCAACACUCCAGUGAGACCAACUACCUAUAGGCCCACUAAAUUUCUCUUCUCACCAGGUUUGACCUCUCCUUUGACCCCCAGUACAGCACUGAAUCCAUCAUCAGGUUCGACUCUUAGUUCUACUCUGACCACUGACACUCCAAGUAAAGGUCAAAGCUCAACAGACAUUGUUGUGAAUUCAAACAGUCAAGAAAGUGUUCCAUUAAGUUCGACUCUUACUUCUUCUUUGACCCCUGGCUUCACAGUGAGACCAACUACAAGUUUGACCUCUCCUUUGACCCCCAGCACAGCAGUGAAUCCUCCAUCAGGAGGUCAAAGCUCCACAGAAAGUGUUCUGGCAGGUUUGACUGUUACUUCUACUUUGACCCCUGACAUCACAGUGAGACCAACUAGAGGUCAAAGCUCCACAGACAGUGUUGUGGCAGAUUCGACUGCUCCUUUAACUUUGACUCCUGACAUCACAGUGAGACCAACUACAACUGUGCAAUUAUGGCAGGCAGUAGUGGGUGUGGCUUCUGGAGUGGGCGUGUUCCUGAUGGGAUUGACAGCUGUCUGUCUCUGCAGGAGGACCAAGAAACAUUCUCAGAGACCUACAGCCAGACAGGAUGAUCACAGACAAUUUUCUGUUCUAGAUGAUUUGGUGAUGGGAGCAGUGAACAGUGCAGGCAUGUUGGAUUCAAAGGAUGCUGGGAUCUAUUCUCUCAUCACCUCUGUACCGUCCACAUUUUUGCCUUCAGGCCAUGUUCAAGAGAAUGGACAGUCAUCGGAAAAAGACAAUUCUGAUACGUACCACGUAUACAGCUCAAUCCCCGACAGACCAGCAACCUCAGCCCAGCCAGAUGGGUUGUACAGUCUUCUGCAGACACACUGAAACUACACCAGUGGCUCUCUGUAUGUCUCACAGAUAUACUCUGCCAUCCCAUGGCAAAAUGUGUAGAACUGCAGGAAAUAAGCUUUAAAACUGAAUUUCUUUCAACCCCAUGGCACAAUAUGUACAAUCGCAGGAAAUUAGCUUUAUAACUGCAAAGUUCUCUCCACCCCAUGGCAAAAUGAGUAGAAUUGCAGGACAUUAACCUUAAAGCUGCAAAUGUUUCACUCCCCUGUCAUGAGGGGGGCCACUAAAAUGUUUUGCUCGCUCAAGGCCCCCAAAAUGCUAGAAACUGCCCUGAUUUUCUGUAGCACACAUGGACACCUGGCUUCGGUUACUGUGUUAGUAUUUCUAUUUGGGGGAGUUGGAGGGGUCCGGGGCAUACUCCCCAAAAUCUUGAAAUCAAAAUAGAUCAAAAUGAAAUAUUUAGGUGUUACAUUUUUUUACAUCGUUGGCAACAUCAUCAACACUGAAAAAUACAGAUUUCCUAAAUGUUAUUAAAAUCUCCCCAGUACCCCAUGUGUACAUGUUAUUUGACGUCAAUUUACUCAGCACUUCAGAGUCUCCCUUUCAAUGUGCAGUGUUGUAGACACAUUCUAGAGUUUUAGUUCAAUGACUGCGAAGCAGUUAAGUUGUAAAUGUUGUGAGACCAUAGCUUUCAUGACAAUUUUUUUUCUCCAGUUAACUUUGGAGAUGAGCCUAUUUUGACCAUCCUGAUCUCGUGAGUCUACAGGUGUAGGAUCUUAAUUUGAGCCAGUUUGCUACAGCAGGAAAAUAAUCCUGCAGCUACUGGAAAUGUGAAUUAAUAUGUGGAUUGUAGUUAUUGGACAUUUCUGUAGGGGUUGAUACAUUUAAAUGACAAACUUUAGAAUCCCAAAUACACUAUACAUUUGCAUUUCCUGCUGUAGAGGAAAAUUCUCAUAAAAAAAGAGUGAUCAAAUUAAGGUCCUACAUCUGUACAAUGUUUCGAUACACACUAGAGUCCAGCAGUAAGGAUGGUGGAUCAGGCUAUGGGGGAUGGCUUCUUUUGUUUAAAAAAGUGGUGAUCCGCCAUGACCUCCUAAUCCCUCUUCUAUAAGAUUCUUGAUAUACAGUAAAUACAAAAUCCUACACUUCUUUGCUCUGUUUGAAACGCUCUCUUCUGUAAAACAAAAAAAGCAUGCAGAAUAAAUUGAAUUCAACCAUU